CUGCCCCCCGGCCUGUCUCACUAGGUUCCACUUCCACCCACCCCCUCCUUCCUCCCUCCCACAAGGUGGCCUGCUGUUGUUUCUACGGAGGAGAGGAAGAGCGAGCAAGCAACAACGGCAGCAGGCGGCCACAAAGGAGCUGCUGCCAACCCCUGCACAGCCUGGGCGCUGAUCAUUGAUCUACACAAGCCCAGCUAUUACCUUCCCUUUUCAUUUUUUAUGCACACAUGCAUAUAUAAUCCCACCCAUCCCAAUACUUGCUCCUUUGUUCUUGGCAACUUUCUGUCCCUUUAGAUUUCCUUGGAUUCCGUAUAGGCAGGGCCUUCUUCAGCCCCCAUUCAUCUGCUCUGUAUAGCUCCCUAGCUGUAUCCUCUCCUGGUUUCUUGAUUCUUCUUGUUGGGGCUCUUGACUCCCUCUGCUCUAUUUUGGUUCUGGCCCCAGUUCUUUGCCUGAAGAUUCCAUCUUGUAGAGUUUCUCUCUGAAUUCUUGCUGUUCCUGUUGUUGGAAGCCAUGGAUGAGAGGAUCCCACCGCCCCCUUUCUUCCAGCACUCACCAUCCGGUGUCCAUUCUUCCCCUCAUCGCCACAACUCCAUGCGGUCUUCUUCCUCUGAUAUCGAGAGAUACCUUGCUGAGUUACUUGCUGAGAGGCAGAAAUUAGCGCCAUUCGUGCAAGUUCUCCCAUUUUGUACCAGGCUUCUAAAUCAAGAAAUUUUGCGGGCAUCUUCUUUGCCACCUAACCAAACUUUUAUUGAACCUGAGAGAAUUGAUCAUGGUAGCCCCUUAAGAAUAGCUGGCCAACCUAUGAAUGGUCAAUCCAUGGAUCUAGAUGGGUGGUCGGGAAUGCCAAAAGAGCACUUAGGAGUAAUCCAAUCCCCAUCCAUGGUAUGGAAUGGUGCUCCGGGAGUAGUUGGCAGCCCUGUCGUGAAAAAGGUUGCCAGGAUCGACGUUCCAAUUGACAAGUAUCCCAAUUACAACUUUGUUGGCCGUUUGUUGGGGCCACGAGGAAACUCGCUGAAAAGAGUUGAAGCUACAACCCAUUGUAGAGUAUAUAUUCGUGGACGGGGUUCAGUGAAAGAUUCUGUUAAGGAAGACAAGCUGAGAGACAAGCCUGGCUAUGAGCACUUAAAUGACCCACUACAUGUGCUUGUGGAAGCUGAGUUCCCAGCAGAUAUCGUCGAUGCACGACUAAACCAAGCUGUAGCCAUAUUGGAGGAUCUUCUCAAACCAGUUGAUGAGUCCAUGGACUACUACAAGAAGCAACAGCUGAGGGAAUUGGCUAUACUUAAUGGCACUCUAAGGGAGGAAAGCCCAAGCUCCCAUCUUAGUCCCAGUAUAUCCCCCUUUAAUUCUACCGGGAUGAAGCGUGCGAAGACAGGGCGGUGAUCUUAUCUAAAAAUGCAGUGCUUGAGGUGAUCAAGAUAUUAGAUAUGUAUAUCAGAUUGCGGAUGUGCUCCACUGCGUGAGAUGAUUGUUGGUGCAGACGAAGGAUCAGCACGUCUGGCUCCAGGCCUGUCAUGACAUGCGCUUUACUGUGGACAUCCUUAGAAUGGACAAUCGAUGUGCAAGAUAUCUGUCUACUCGAGGGUUUGCUGUUUGGUUUUAUUAUUCUUUGUGUAUUUAACUUUGAAAUAUUAACAUUAUUGGUUGGGUGGUUAUAGGUUUUGGGAUUGUAGUGUUGACAAUAAUCAGGGUUGUUGAAUGUAUAAGAAAUAGUUUCGAUUUGUUAGAAAUGGUUGAUAUUCUUGCGGACAACUGUGGUCUCAGUAACAUUAUUGCACUGCAGUAUUCUUCCAUUA